UAAAACCUAGUUAAACAUACGGAGUGAGUACGAAGGCGGCGGAGAUGCGUAGCGGGCCUAGCGGCGCCCCAUUCCUUCCAAUAGAAAUCAUCUCCAACAUUCUCAAGCGGCUUCCGGUGAAAUCCCUAAUCCGAUUCCAAAGCGUGUGCAAUCUCUGGAAGAAUCUCAUCAAGAGCCCAUCUUUCAUCGCCAGCCACCUCGACCACUCCAGCCGUGAGAAUCUCUAUCUGAUUUCCAGGGGUAAGCACACCGUCUCCGGUACCUCGAUUCUAUAUUUUCUCGACCGCGACAUGCAACUCCGCCGAGUUCAGAACAAUCCUUUUAUCGAUUCGCUCAAGCACGCUAGGAUCGUCGGCUCCUGCAACGGCUUGGUCUGCGUUCAAACUGGGCUUCCUGGUACUUUCAUGUCUCUUUACUUGUGGAAUCCUGCGAUUAGGGAGGUUAUACAGGUGCCUAAAAGCAUACCAAACAUGGAUUUAUCUUAUAGCUGUAGUGCAGGCUUUGCAUUCAGUCCAACUGUUAAAGAUUACAGAAUUGUCAAACCCUAUGUGACGCGGAGUGAUAUGGAAUAUGGAUUUGAAGCUUAUUCAGUAACCACAAAUUCAUGGAAGAAUAUAGGAAUGGGUAGCUUUAAGGGCAUAUCUCCUUUCUCUGAUUGUAUUACUUUUAAUGGGUCUAUGUUUUGGUUGGCAUCACAGGCAUCUCAUGGUGGAGAAUAUACUGAUGUCAUACUUUCUUUGUAUUUAGCAAUGGACGAGUUUAGGUUGAUUCCACCGCCUCCUUCAUCCAGGAACGAAACUGCGAACCUGACAGUGUAUAAGAACAGGCUUGCGGUAUUUCAUUGCUCACAUGAUUUAAACACAGAAAAUAUAUUGAUUGAUUUGUGGAUGAUUGAGGAAGGCAUUGGUAGUUCUUGGAGCAAAAUAUUGACUUGUGGUCCUUAUCCACACCUUGGAGUACCGUUGACCAUUUGGAUGAAUCAGAUUGUCUGUGAUGUGUUUGUUACAGUUCCAACAGAGGGGAACAAUAUGUAUAAGAUUGAUGGUGCUGGUAGUUUUUUGUUUGAUCCUACUUCUAACGAAGUCAAAGUCCUUUAUUCGGGUGAAGAUGGCAUUCUUGAUGCUGUUUUUACAUAUUCUGAAAGCAUUGUACCCAUUAGAAAAAUCCACACAGGAAAGCAUUGAUUUUAAAGCAUAAUCAGUGUUUAAUUAUUAUAAUGCACUGGAGAUUGUAUCCGCUCUUUGUAGACAAUGACAAGACAAUGAUAAUAAUUGUUUGUUUUGUUGUAGAAAAUUUUAUGUAUUGUGCUAUCGUGUGUGUAUGUAGAAUACUAGUAUGUAUAAUGAUAAACUAUGUAUCAUGGACCCAUUGACCCGUCUUUGAUAAUGAACUUAUAUGGACAAUUCUCCC